UGGCUGCAUCUCAUUUGUUUCAUUAGGUUUCACGUAAAGAUGACAUAAGAAAUAUACUCCUUGAAAAAUUGUCCGAACUUGGUGAUGAAUCCAUCACAGAAAGUAACCUUUCACAUGAAACUCAGGAUUCGAGUUUUGCAAAUGACAGUGUUAAUGAAUUAUUGAACACAUCAAAAAAACAUGAUGAUACAGAAAUCAGUAUAAGGGAUAAUUCCUUAGAUGCAGAUCUCUCAUAUCCACAAGAACUUGAGAUGAAAAGGAAAGCAGAUGAAUUUGCAGAAGAGGAGGAGCUUACAGAAUCUGAUGAAAGGCUUUGUGUUAAGGAUUCCAUGACUGCUGUAGCUAGUGAAACAACCGAAAAUACAGAAGAUCAUUCUAAAUCAAAACAUAUUAGAAUUGAAACAAGUGACUCAACUAGACAUGUCAAAAAACCUAAGUCAUCCAAGCCUAGUUCUCAACCGUCCAAAUCUAGCUCUCCAGCCUCAUUCUGGGCAACUGCCAAGUUUUCUGCCCACGCUUUUGAAGGUCACAAUGAUCUCAUUGUGGCUGUGCACUCUAUAGAAAAUACCAUUUUAUCAGGAGGGUAGGAUUUUUAUUUAAUUAUUUUUGUGAAUUUUGGUGUCAUGGAAGUAUAUUAUAUAAUAUUACACCUCCAUGCUAAUAUAUAAACGACAGUUUAAUGAUGUUUAAUAAUGUAUAAGUAAUUUAUAACAUUUUUUUUGACUUAUGUAAAAGUGAGCAAUGUAAUUUCCAGCAAUGGAUAAUAAUGAAGGCCUAUUCUGUAUCUGUAAUAUAUAGGUCUCUAUCAAAAGAAAGUUUUCAAAUAAUCAAUUAAACAUCCUUUUUAAACAUUCUCCAUUGUUUUUAUAAUGGAUGCAUACAUUGGU